AUGGUUAAACUCCUCGUCAAGAUUGGUAUGGAGCUCGAGAACGUCGCUAGCGUCGUUCCCGAGGAGCCCUACGAGUACUUCUUCAACGUCAUGUGCACGUCGUGUCGUGAGGAGCACCCCAAGGUCGUCUCGUUUAACCAGACUGAGGAGCACGAGCUGUCCGGCUCGCGCGGCAGCGCGCACUUUGUCUGGCGCUGCGGCAACUGCAAGCGCGAGCAAUCGUGCUCGUUCGCCUCGCCCUCCGCCUCGUCCAAGUCGACCGCCGCCCUGCCCUACGCCGCUGAGAACGCGCAGCUUGCGCCGCUCAUCGCGCUCGACUGCCGCGGCCUCGAGGUCACAAAGUUCCACUUCCGCGGCCGCUGGAUCGUCGAGACUGCCGAGGGAACCAAGUUCGAGGCCGACCUCGAGGAGGGCGAGGAGAGGUGGGACGACUAUGACGAGAAGACUGAGGAGCCUGUCAGCAUCAGCGAGUUUGUGAGCGCCGUGUCCCGCGUCUAA